CUUACUUCCAUCUUCUCGACCUCUACCCUGUCUCGAACCGUCACGCCUGUUUACGAUUGUAUAUAUAUAUUUUUUUUGUUACAGGUUCUUUCGUUUCUUAUUGCAUAGCGGUUGACUCAGCGAUCCUCUUUCUAUCGGUAUUCAGUUACGCAUCACGCCUUAGACUUUCAUUUCACUCACCUGUUAGUACACUUGACGACCGGUUUGCUUAAUGAUACGCUGCAAAGAAGACUCCUUUGUAUAGAUAAAAAUAUGAAUCAGAGUCCAGUAAGGGUGUGUUCGAGGUGUUUUCGGAGAGUUGCCGUGCGGCAAGGAAGGUUGUGUUCGCAUUUGCGGCGUUCGUAUUCAUCGCGACAAAUUCAAAUCCAGUACUCGACGGCGCAUGGAGGAGGGUCAGGACCACAGAGGGUAGCGUCGUCGCGGGGACCUCUUGGCCAGGACUAUAAGGUGAGGAAUGUUUGUGUGGCGACACAAGUGAGAUCGCUUGCGACGCAGAGGGAGGAUGCAGGAGGGCCGUUGUGGGAGUAUGAGAGGCGGGUUGAGGCUGAUCUGCUGCGUGACGAUGAGCAUCAGAGAGCCAUUAUUCAACAUCUGCAAAACCUCCACGACGCCCUCAAAUCCUAUACCCCGCCCCCCGUCAUCCACCCAUCCCCCGACGCCCUGCACGAACACGCGAGAACAUCCUUCUGGAGCUCCAUUUUCAGCCGCACGAAUAGCCAACAGAAGAAUAAUUUGCCGGAGAACCUGCCAAAGGGACUGUAUAUGUACGGCGAUGUUGGAUGUGGGAAGACCAUGUUGAUGGAUUUGUUCUAUGACACGAUGCCCGCAAAUAUCAAGACAAAGGAGCGCAUUCACUUUCACAAUUUCAUGCAGGGCGUGCACAGGCAGCUGCACAAGAUUAAGAAAGACCGUGGGUCGCAAUUCGAUGCGCUGCCUAUGGUGGCCGCGGAUAUCGCGGAGUCAGCGAGUGUGCUCUGUUUCGAUGAAUUUCAGUGUACUGAUGUCGCUGAUGCUAUGAUUCUCCGAAGACUCCUCGAGCUUCUCAUGUCACAUGGCGUAGUCAUGGUCACGACAUCCAACCGGCAUCCAGACGAUCUAUACAAAAACGGGAUUCAGCGCGAACACUUUAUCCCAUGUAUAAACCUGCUCAAGACAGAUUUACAAGUCCUCAAUCUCAACUCCGACACCGACUACCGCAAAAUUCCACGUCCGCCGUCGGGCGUCUACCACCAUCCACUAGACCAAUCCGCCACGCAGCAUGCAGAUAAAUGGUUUGAGUAUUUGGGGGACCCGCAACAUGAUCCUCCGCACGCGGCUACGCAUGAGGUCUGGGGCCGCGAGAUACAGGUCCCCGUGGCGAGUGGCAGGGCCGCGCGGUUCACGUUUCAGCAACUCAUCGGCCGUGCCACCGGCGCUGCAGAUUAUCUCGAGCUGGUGAGGCAUUAUGACGCCUUUGUAGUCACGGAUGUGCCGGGCAUGACGCUACGAGAGCGCGAUCUCGCGAGACGAUUCAUCACAUUCAUUGACGCCGUCUACGAAAGCAAGGCAAAGCUCGUCCUCACCUGCGCCGUCCCCCUAAAAAACAUCUUCAUGUCCAACGCCGAACUAUCAUCCUCCGCUGACCCUACUACUAGUGACAGUGGCACCAACCUCCCCUCCGACAUGCGUAUGCUCAUGGACGAUCUGGGCCUGUCGAUGUCCGCACUCAAAUCAACAUCCAUCUUCACGGGCGACGAAGAGCGGUUCGCGUUUGCGCGCGCUUUGUCGCGGCUCGCUGAGAUGGGGAGUCGGCAGUGGGUGGAGCGCGGGAUGGGGGUUGGCAUGGACAGUGUGGCAGGGAAAGAGGAUCGAGAGGCGUGGAAGAAGACGCGGAGUCGGUGGAGUGAGGAUAGUAUGUAACUACAUCACUGCACGUGGGAUAAAUUGGACUUUAAAUUUCGUGUUUAUUGCUAUUAGCUGUGGUACUCUUGUUGUUUGCUGCUAGAUGGUUGCUAUAUGUAU